AUGCCCAAGUUUGUACCGCGGGAGAGGAAGCACAGGAAACUUGCGCGACAAAAGACAGCAUCAUCUCAGCAGGAUGGACCCGCCAACGCCGAGAUCGUGGUGCCGCUCAGCCAGAGCGAGAAGGAAGAGAAACGUCGAAAGCUGCAGGAGGAGUUGAAGGCGCAGCAGCCGGAGACUAAGAUAAGCGGGAAGAAGAGGAAGCGAUUGAACAAGUAUAUCGACACGAAACUCAAGAAGGAGGAGAAUCUUGAGUUGUUGAAGAAGCUCGCUGCUCAGAAGGUGGAUACCAGCCUCCUGCAAAGUGCUAAGAAGUUGGGGAGGGUGCAGGAGACGAAACGGGAGCGCUUCUCUCGAGCAUUACAGGAAGAGAGGGCUGGGAUUGAUGCCAAUGGGGACCGCGACGCGAUAUUGUACGAAAAGAGAGACAUCGCCGGCGAGCAAGAUAACGAUAGUGACGACAACGAAACACCUGAUCCUCUCGCAUCUAUGAAAAUCGUCCCUACUACUGUAGAGCUCGCAACGCCUGGCACGUCGAAAACAUCGUUUGGAACAGGAUUGAAACGUCCUUUAGAGGUUGAUGAGUCUGGCAAGCCGGUGAUCAAGAAACGAAAGAGGCAAAAGAAGACAGCUAUCAUUGAACAGCCGCCCUCAGAGAGCGAGAGCGAAGAGCUAGAGGAUGACGCUUCAGAUGCAUGGAAUGGCUUCUCAGACGACGAAGCACAAGCGACGCGCUCGACAAUUUCCCACUCUGACGAUGACGAUGACAGCUCGAGUGCGCGAGGUGGCAGCUCGAAUCCUGAGAGCGAUACCGAGAGUGAUUAUCAAUCCAGCUCGGAAGGCAAACCUGCUCGUGUAUCGGCCUUCAAGGCAUGGGCAGACUCGCAGCGGAAUGAAGCACUGGACUUCUCACCGUCCACAGCGCCGAUCAACGACGAGGUGAUCACAGCUAAUUUUAAGCCGCGCGCUCCCUCUCCAGAUGCAGCGCUGUCUGAGGUACUCGCAUCCGCCCAACAGAGUGUGAACAGCUAUCGUCCAGAGAAAGCAGUAGUUGUUCCUCGUUCCGAGGAGAUACAGACUGCCAGGCUUCAGCUUCCAGUCGUUCAAGAGGAACAGAAGAUCAUAGAGGCAGUGCACAACAACCCAGUCACUGUUGUGUGCGGCGCUACAGGUUCGGGUAAGACGACUCAGCUUCCUCAAAUGCUCGUUGAGAAUGGCUAUACUUCGAAAGGCAUGAUCGGAGUCACGCAGCCACGCCGUGUAGCAGCGCAGUCAGUAGCAAGGCGAGUGGCGCAUGAAUUCGGGCCAGAUUUUGGCAAGCAGGUUGGGUCGCAAAUACGAUACGACAGUAACGUGAGCAGGAAUACCAAGGUAAAGUUCAUGACCGAUGGUAUCCUGCUUCGCGAGAUUAGCCAGGACUUCUCUCUCAGCAAGUACAGCGUCAUCGUCAUAGACGAAGCGCACGAGCGUAGCGUGAACACCGACAUUCUGAUUGGGAUGCUAUCGCGAAUCGUACCCAUCAGAGACACCCUCAGCAAGGAGCAGCCGGGAUCAUACCACCCCCUGAAGCUCGUCAUCAUGAGUGCUACCUUACGCGUGACAGACUUCAUCAUGAACGAGAAGUUGUUCAGAAGCGUCAAGCCACCGGUCGUGGAAGCUGAGGGCAGGCAAUACCCAGUGACAGAACACUUUGCGAAGAAGACACAGCGCGAUUAUGUUGGGGAGACUGUGCGAAAAGUGAGCAGAGGUCACCGCAAGCUCCCAGCUGGUAGCAUUCUGGUAUUCCUGACUGGCCAGGACGAAAUUGGCACUGUUGCGAAGAAGUUGCGAGAAGCGCUCACCAGCAAUGAAGACGCCUCUUUUGCCAACUCGAGAAAGCCUUACACGGCGAAUGAGGAUAAGCCCGCCAAUGACUUUCUCGAGGAUGAUGAUGAGCGCGCGAACGACUCUGACGAUGAAGCCGAAAUAAUUGGACUAGAUGGCGAUGACCACGAUGACGAGUUCCAGGUAGAAGUCGAUGCAAACGCGCCACAGCAGAGAGGUGGUUUAAAACCACAUAUAGUGCCGCUUUACGGCGGACUGUCAUCGGAACAGCAGAUGCGCGUAUUCGACACACCUCCAGAAGGGCACAGGAUGAUAGUGCUCGCAACCAACAUUGCCGAGACAUCUCUCACAAUACCAGAUGUACGCUACGUGUUCGAUUGUGGCAGGAGCAAAGAAAAGCAUUACGAUAUGGCUACUGGCGUACAGGAGUUCAAGAUUGACUGGAUCUCCAAGGCUAGUGCCAGUCAACGAAUGGGUCGUGCAGGACGUACUGGCCCCGGCCACUGUUACAGACUUUACAGCUCCGCGAUCUACGAGCAGUAUUUCGAUAAUCAUACCCUGCCCGAGAUCCUGCGUACUCCCAUCGAAGGCACAGUCCUAACACUGAAGGGUAUGGAGGUGGACAACGUCGUCAACUUCCCGUUUCCUACGCCACCGCAACGGGAACAACUGGCGCAAGCUGAACGGCUCUUGAAGAACUUGGGUGCCAUCGAUUCGAGGUCAGGCAAGAUCACAGCACGUGGUCGCGAACUCCAGAAGUACCCUGUCAACCCCAGGUUCGGUAGAAUGCUGCAGCUUGGUCUUCAACACGGGGUCCUGCCAUACACAAUCGCGAUGGUGGCAGGGCUUGCGGUGGGUGAAUUGUUCAUUCUCGAGACACAGGUUAUUCCCCGACAGGAGGCUCUCGCUGGUGACGACGAGGACUUUGGGAAUGAUGACCGGCCAAAGCGCGUCGAUCGGGCGCUGGAGAGUUCGAUAAACAGCAAGAAGCAAGCGUUUGGACGCGCUCAUGCAACUUUUGCCAACUUCGACGACAAAUCGGAUGCCAUUAAACUACUCACUGCCAUUGCUGGGCAUGCAGAUGCAGACGCCAGAGGUGACAAGUCUUUCUGCUCCCAGUACUUCCUGCGAGAGAAAGGCAUGGUCGAAGUGCAACAAUUGCGCUCUCAGCUUCACAACAUCAUGCAGAAGCAGAUGAUCGAGCGCGGACAACCGCCUGAGCCAUAUCAAGCAGUCAUCUCGCCACCAAAGGAGAAGGAUAUCAAGUUCCUGAACCAGAUCGUCGCCGCAGGCUACAUCGACCAAGUCGCAGUCCGCAAUGACUUGCUCCCAAGUGCAAUCUCGACAGGACAGAAAGCACGCCGCGCUAUUGAAGUGCCCUAUCGGACUCUCUUGCCUUCAAUCGCCGAAGCUGAUAUCGACCGCGCCAGCACUUUGGAAGAACAAGGGCAGCAGCGAAGUGUGUAUGUGCAUCCAAGCAGCCUUCUUGCAAAGCUGUCCAUACACGAGAUGCCUGACUAUAUCGUGUACACCAAUCUCAGCCGCGCAGCUGCCACCACUGUCGAGGGAAAGCAGAAGCGCACACGCAUGCAUCCCCUUACCACCGCCGGGCCUCUGCUGCUGUCUUCACUGGCGGAAGGCUCUCCUUUGCUAGAAUUUGGCAAGCCUAUCGGGAAGAUCGAGGAGAAGGACGCUGGGAGAACUCGGGUCUGUUUCGUGGGUACGGCGCUGCGAGAUCCUAAUACCGCAGGUACGACAUGGCCCAUGAAGGCUUGGAAGGUGCAGCAGACCCGCAAAGGGAAGGAGUGGGUGGUUGAGAAGGUCCUGCAGAAGGGCUGA